AAAGCUGUUGACAGUGCUUAAAAAGUUAUUUUCUGACAAUUGUCUGCUUCUAUAAAAAAAGUGACUUUUACAAUCGCCUUAAUGAGAGAUACUGUCACCAGUGACAGUAAAACGUUACUGCCAUAGCCACACAGAUUGAACUUUAAACCCCGGGCAUACAGUCAGUAAGAAAAUGCCGUGUUUGCACUGAUUUCACAUUGUCUAAACCAUCCCCUUCCUGGCAUAGACAGGAUACAGGCACCACUCAGAUAAACCAAAAAGAGGAAUUAAUCCUGUGAUACAACAAGGAGAAUGACUUACUUCAAAACACAGGGAUGACAUCUAAAUAUGUAAUAACACUGAAAAAGCAGUAGCAUAUUAGGACAGAAUGAAGAAUUACAAUUAUUAUUUUAUCUCAUAACCUGAAAUUAUAGAUUAAAGCAAGAUCCUUCUUUAGUAUAAAUCAGUUUCUUUCUUAAAAAAAGCAAUCCCUCCAUUUGUCUUCCAGCAGCUGCAUACUUCAAUCCUAUGCGAGUCUAUCUGGGUGUUCUUCACAUGUACUGUGCAUCACAUGUCUCGGCUUCUGUCCUUGGAAUAAAACAUAGAGGAGAUUAAAUGAGUCUCUGAAAAGCAGUCACACACUGUUCCUGUAAACUAGGACAGCAGCAGCUGAGAUGUGAAGAUCAGAUUCCUGUCCAGCGGCAGCCUGGCUGUUAUCCUGACAGAAGAACACCGUGUGUCAACCCCUCAUUUGUUAGAGAACAAUAAUAUGUUGUCCCAGUCAAAAACACGUUGGGGUCAGGCACACAGAAGCACAAAUAGGCUCAGCAGUAGGACAAAUACAAUCUAGUUUUGUGGUGAUCUCAAGGGUCCUGACCACCAGCAGUUAAACUGAACUCCACAAGUGAUUUGUCACUGAAGGGAUACAAUCCAGCCUUCGUUCUCAGUGUCCAGGUUCAAACUCCCUCUUUUUGCAGAAAGCUCCAACAGCAAUCAGAAAGAACAGUAUGAUACUUCCUCCCUGUCCACCACUACCAAAUAUCCUGAGGACAAAAAAAAAAAACUUCUCCUCUCUUCCUGUUCAGCUCCAGAGCAAGAGUAAAUGCUUCAGUUUGCUCACACACAAACACACUUACACACAGGCUGCAGACAUUCACACACAACACACACAUGCGGUCCAUGAGCACCAGGGAGGGGCGGGGGGGUGCACCGGUGUGCUGAGGCAGCAGGUUCUCAGACGGGUCAUUUUGUAGCUUGUAUGUGAGGAACACAAAGGCAGCAGGAUUAUUAUGUUGAGUUGAUGCAUGGAUACCCAUACGUACUUUGAGCGCACACACACAUGCACACUCACAUGCACACUCACACGCACACACACACACGUGACCUCCAAGCAUAGUGGAAAAAUCUCUUCUCUCCGUUACAGCAGCAGGGCCUGGAUGUGCAGAAUGUAUGCAGCUGACUGUAAACAACAUUAAACGGCUAUGACCCGGCUAGUGCACAUCUGAUUUGCCAGUGUUUUGUCUACGGUGGUAUCUUAGCAACAUGUAAACAAUAUUUUUCGUCUGAGACCAACAAGUAGACAGUGACAGUAUGUCUGCAAAGAGGUCCACAGUGCUGGGAAAGACAAAGACCCAAUUAGAAGAAGCUCCAGAGAACAAUGAAGUGCCACAGAGGAAGCCGCUCUCCCUUGAAGCUAAACGCAUCUUAAACAUGUUGGAAAACUGCAUUAGUGGAGUUGAGUUUGUAGCAAUGCUGCCUGCUCUCCUCCAGUUAAACACUCUUUCUAGUGUGGUGGACAAGGACUUGAGUAUGGCUCUUCAGGAGCAUCAACUAUUAGAGAAAAGACUGGAGACAUUUGAAUGUCUCAUGCAGGGGUCAGACGGGGAACAAGGGAGAGAAGUUGGCAAGGCCAUGGCUCGACUUGAGAAGGACAUCAAGAAUUCUUUGAGGGAUCUGUUAAGGCUGGCAAGAGCCCAUCCUGAUGCCAUUUCUGGUUUGAAGGCAGAGCUAGGUAAGACGCUCGCUGUAGGGGAGAGUGAGUACAAACUAAUUACAGGGCUUGAGAAGUUUCAGAGCUGUGUGGUUGAAACGCUGCUGACCAGUGUGGAGGAGGAGCUAAAUGAUCAGCUGGAUCUCCAAAAGUCUUCAUACCAAAACCACCGUCUGGAGAUCCUAGCUUUAAAGCAAGAAAAACAAGCAAUAUCCAUGGAGCAACAAGAUGCAGAGAUCUUUGAGAAAAAUGAAGAAAUCAAACGCUGCCAAGGUUAUCUGGAAGAUAACAACAGACAUAAGGCAGGUAUUUCACUUCUUCCGGUCCAGCAGAGCCAGGUGCAUACUGCAUCAAAGAUGAAGAAGGCCGGUAAAACACAAGCUAUUGAUCAACCGAACAUUCUGCUCAGCAAGUUGAUCUUUGAAAACAGGCAGGCAGAGAGAGUAAUCCAAGAGAAAAUUGAAAAGGUGGAGACAGAAAUUGAAAACUUGCUUUAUACCUUUGACACGGAAAUGGAAGAAAAACAGGCUAAGCUGGAUUUGAACAGAAUGUAUUAUGAAAAGGAGGACGAGGAGCUGAAAACGCUGGAGAAACUCUUCUCUGUCCUAGAGGUCGAGUGCAACCAGAUCAAAGAGAAGCGUCGGCUGGCAGAAGAGAAGAGAAAGAAGGAGGCGAAGGAGCUGGAGCUAAAGACCAAAGCUGCAAUUAUGGCACAAGCCUGGUGGAGAGGCUACAGUACUCGCAAGGCCUUAAAAAACAAGGGCAAAAGCAAGAAGGCCAAAAAAGGAAAAGGCAAAAAGACCAAAUAAGUCGCUGACUGGUUUAAUUACUCAGAUGCACAGGGACACACCCUACCUGAACGUUUUUGGAUGUUUUAUUUAAAAUAUAUAAAGAUUCUGUUGAGCAAAUACCAUUAUACUUCACAUUCAGAGUGUGUUUGUCAUGUAUGUUAUUUUUUUAAUGAAGUUCUAUAUGUUUUAAACUCAAACAGAUGUUUUAAACACACA